GCGCGCCACGACCGCAUUGUGACACUUAAAGUCCCCGCCACCAAAACGGAGAGAAAAAUAAAAUCUCGACAUCGCUACUCCUACACUUGCUGAGUGAAGUGUGGAUGUUGUCGGGACUGUUAACAGGCACUGCAUUAACAGCAGCUGUCAAACUCAUGGGAUCCUCCUGCCCCCCGAGCGACUGGGAGCUCUGUUGAAGUCUCCACUGCGCAUGUCAGAGCGCUGGACAGCUCCAGAGAGGGAAAUUUAAAAACGGUUUUUGGAGAAUCAAAUGCAACACAGUGAAAUACAGUACAGGGGCUCGCGAACAGCUGACACAUUCUUCAAUAUCAUCCAAAACAGUGGUAUCACAUAUCCCAGGAAAUGAUAGAAGGUGGAAUAACAUCCAGGAUGUCAGGAAUAAUUGAGAAUGCUGGGCAUCAUCCGUCUCCACAGGACUACAGGCUUCUGACCACCGACCCCUCCCAGCUGAGGGAGGAGGACCUCCCUGGGGACCUGCAGUCUCUGUCAUGGCUCACCUCUGUGGAUGUGCCCCGACUACAGCAGAUGGCUGAUAGCCGAGGCCACAGUAACGGGCCCUCCCAGGGCAGCUUGUUGGAGCAACAGACAGCUCAGCUGAGCAACAUGACUGCGAUGACAACGGGUCAAGGCUCCAUGCUCCACCUCCAGAGCAACAUGCAGCACAGCCCUCUGGGAAUCAGCAUCAUCAACACCCACAGCGGAAGUAUGUCUCCAUUCUCCAUGAAUGGGCUGCCCUCUCCGAGUUACCAGUGCCCUACCUCAGUCUACCAGCCUACACACCAGCAGGUGUACUCUCUAACCCAAACUGGACAACAGUGUUCAACUGGUGGGCUUUAUAGCAAUGUCUCUUUCAACAACCAAAGUCUAUUCACACAGCCUCGUCUGGCUCCACAAGAGCAGGAGCUGCAGCCCAAGUCUUUCCCCAAGCCAAUCUACUCCUACAGCUGUUUGAUUGCCAUGGCUCUGAAGAACAGCAAAACUGGCAGCCUCCCUGUCAGUGAGAUCUAUAGCUUUAUGAAGGAACACUUCCCUUAUUUCAAGACUGCACCUGAUGGAUGGAAGAACUCAGUCAGACACAACCUGUCCUUAAACAAAUGCUUUGAGAAAGUGGAGAACAAGACGAGCAGCUCGUCCCGUAAGGGCUGUCUGUGGGCGCUGAACCCUGCCAAAAUUGACAAGAUGGAGGAAGAGAUGCAGAAGUGGAAACGCAAGGACCUGCCAGCCAUCCGCCGCAGCAUGGCUAAUCCUGAUGAGUUGGACAAAUUGAUCACAGACCGCCCAGAGAACUGCAGACGUAAAGCUUUAGAGCCCGGCAUGACCCGUCUGCCCAGCUGUCCCACUGGCCUCCCGCUGUCCGUCCCAGCACAGAUGCAGCCUCAGCCAAUAGUCACACUGUCCCUGCCCUGUUUACCCAUGCACCAGCACCACCAGCUUCAGGCACAGCUCCACGCUCAGGCCCGCCUGGCCCCCAUGUCCCCUGCUCCGGCCCAGACACCUCCACUCCACACGGUCCCUGACCUUUCCCACAGUCCACUCACCCAGCACCACAGCAAGCUGCCGGACGAUUUCUACAGUGUGCACGGUGAUACACACACAGAGGUGGAUGCACUGGACCCAAGCAUCAUGGACUUUGCCCUUCAAGGUAAUCUGUGGGAGGAAAUGAAGGACGACAGCUUUAACCUGGAUGCUUUGGGUACCUUCAGUAACUCCCCCCUCCGACUAUCAGACUGUGACUUGGGAACAGCCCACCUGACUCCUGUCUCCACUGGAGCGAACCUGCAGCUGUCAGAUGUGCAAGUGACGGGUCUUUACACCUCCUAUACCUCCCAGGAUCACCUGUCUUCCCAGUACAUGGGCGCACCAGCCAACAGCAAGCCCAUCGCCCUGUUAUAAAACAGUCUCCGACCUGAUUCAUUCAGCUGUCUAUGGAUAUAUGUGGACGUCAGCUGAAGAAGGCUUAAGGCAAAGUCUGAAUUGUGGUUUCUUACAAAUCACACUGCUUUCCUCUGGUCAGCUGGAAACUACUUGGAGAAGGAUGUUUAAAAAUCAUUUCACAUACAGUCCACAAGGAAACUCUCAUUAAGAACUAAAACUGCUGAUAAAUAAAGAGGUGGCUGUAAGAAAAAGUAUGUAAGACUUAAAAUAUCUAGCUUUGCCAAGCAAAGACUCAAAGCUUGUAUGAGUACAAAGACUCUAUGUGAAGAUGUCCGUGUGAGUUAACAACCGCCAGUUUUUAUACUGUUCACUUGCGUUUUAAAGCCCUACCAUCCUGUAGCUCCCUGUCUUUUGUCUGUUGUAUUGUGGUAGACAUUAUUGCUGUGAUGUUUUAUUUAUAUUUAUGAAAAGGCAGCUAGAGAAGGUGAUGACUCUAUCAAUCUUUUGCUGUAUAUAUUUGAAUGUUUCG